CUGUUUCCCUCCCUUACCUUCUGCAACACUCUGCACCCAACACAUUACUAAAGAAUUUUCUGGCAAAAAAAAUAAAAAAAUUUUCCCUACAAACAAACACUCCCAUUAAUAUAUAUCUAUUAUUUUCUUUCUAUUUAUUAACACCCUCCGUACUCAUUAAUUACAUUUACGAGUUUGCCAUUUAUCUUUCUGUCUUCUUCUCCUAGUUCAUCUUCUACAUCAAAACCUAUAAACAAUCCAAAAGCUUAAAAUAUUGAUGUUUUUUAGCUUUGGGUUUUUCUAUUUUUAGAAAAUAAUGACAAUGUAUCCCACUUUUUACGCCAAACUUUUUUCAAAUCUUUUUGUGAACUUCAAUGACUUUGAGAGUUGUUUUUGAGGGUUUGAAGAGUGAAGACCUCUAUCUCUAAUUUUUUUUUCCCAUUUCCAUAAUAUUCUAUCUUACAGGUUAUGAAUUCAUAUCAUGUUUCUAAAUCCCGUUAUAUGAGCUUUUGUUGAAGCAAAGAGCACUAUUUUGAUACUUAAAAAUACUGUUAUUUUGAAAAGAAUGGAUGGUAGAAGACAUUCUGUUGAUAUACCAAUCUCAAGAACCCUAAUAGCACUUAGGAGAGUGAGGUCAUUAAGGGAUCCAUCCACUAAUUCCAUGAGUAAAUUCUCUUCUUUGUUUGAUAAUGUCAAGUGGGAUACGAAUUCGAGCAAUGGGAUCUCUUUGCAGUUUGUGAAUGGUUGCACGGAAGCUGGUUCCGAGCUAAAUGAAUUUGACGAACGAAGAGAAGAGCAAGGUUAUGAUCUCGGGUUGCAUCCUGUUCCUGAAAACUCUAACUCUAAGUUGAUUGAAUGUGAGAAUGUGGAACAGUUAAGGAACAUUGCUUCACUUGUUAGGACCGAAAAGGCCAGUGAAUCGGAUAAUCGUAAUGGUGAUUUUACAGAUCAUGGAUUAAACAAGGAAGAGGUCCAAAGCAACAGUCCCUUGGGUGAAAGAUACAAUGGUAAUUUUAAGGAUGAUGGUAUGAGCUUGAUAUGUAUGGCACCUAGUUGUAAUUAUAUGGAGGAUUUAGCUUCAUGCAAUGAACCUGAUCACUGUGAUUCGAAACUGAAAUGUCAAUCUAGGAAUCAAGUGCAAUCAUUUGGGGUUAAUGGUGAUGUUGCUAGCCCUUCCCUUGAUGUUAUUUCUAAUUGCAGUACCUCAUUGUAUGUAGAUGAAAAUGUUGAUGCCGGGGAUCGAAAUCACCGUGGAUGUGGAAUAAGUUACUGUUGGUUAAAAACCCCGAGGUUGAGAGAAUCCAAUCCUUCAUCCGAUUUUGAAGACUUCCCUUUGUUGUCUUCGGAUACAGGUGAGACAACUCUUUGCGGGCAGAGCUUUUGGAAAUGCAUUAACGGUGAAAUUAACCCUUAUUCCGACACUCCUAGGAGCUUAGGCCAAAAAUUCAGGCCAAAAUCUUUCGAUGAAUUGGUAGGACAAGGUGUGGUUGUGAGGUCUCUUUUGAGUGCCAUUUCUAAAGGAAGGGUAGCCUCUUUGUACCUUUUCCAUGGUCCUCGUGGAACUGGGAAGACUUGUGCCUCUAGGAUCUUUGCUGCUGCUUUGAAUUGUCUUUCACUCGAGGAGGAUAAACCAUGUGGUCGGUGUCGAGAAUGCAUUACCUUCUUUUCUGGAAGGAGCAGAGAUGUUAAGGAGGUUGACUCAUUGAGAAUCAAUCGAUCGGAUAGGUUGCGGUCCCUUGUUAAGAAUGCAGUUUCACCUCCGGUUUCUUCACGGUUUAAGAUUUUCAUCAUUGAUGAGUGCCAGUUACUGCAUAGUGAGACAUGGGCGACGGUUUUAAACAGCUUAGAGAAGCUUUCUCAUCACAUUGUUUUUGUUGUGAGUACUCCUGAACUCGAUAUGCUGCCAAGAAGUGCAGUUUCUCGGUCGCAAAAAUAUCACUUCCCGAAGUUAAAAGAUUCUGAUAUUUCAAACCGGUUGGAGAAACUCUGUGUCGAAGAAGGUCUUGACUAUGAUCAGGCUGCUUUAGGCUUCAUUGCUGUUAAAUCCAAUGGCUCAUUAAGGGAUGCAGAGAUGAUGCUCGAGCAGUUGAGUUUGCUCGGUAAAAAGAUCACAAUGUCCUUAACCUAUGAGCUUAUUGGAACUGUUUCAGAUGAUGAGUUGCUUGAUUUGCUCGAUCUGGCUUUAUCUUGUGACACUUCAAAUACGGUAAUACGAGCACGGGAGCUAAUGAGGUCGAAAAUUGAUCCUAUGCAACUUAUAUCACAGCUAGCAAAUCUCAUUAUGGACAUUCUUGCUGGGAAAUGUGAGGAAGGUAGCUCGGAAGCCAGAAGAAAGUUCUUCGGAAAGCAUACUUCUGAAUCGAGCUUGCAGAAGUUGAGUCAUGCACUGAGAACACUUUCGGAAACAGAAAAGCAUUUGAGAGUGUCAAAGAAUCAAACAACUUGGCUCACCGUAGCUCUUUUGCAACUAAGCUCUAUGGAAUCCAAUUUCCCGGAGACAAACGAUUCAAAAUUAUGUUUGGCGAAUGCUCAACACAAAGAUGGUGACUCUAACAGCACAUCAUCGACUGGUGAGAGGUCGAAUCAUCCUUUCACUUGUAUGUGUAAUGGCAUUAGCUCCUCUAAAUUGGCAAAACGGGAUGAUUCUGAGAGAAGUCUUGAAUCUAUAUGGAACAGAGCAACCGAAUUAUGCCAAUCUGGUUCACUUAAGAAAUUUCUGAGGAAACAUGGGAAAUUGUCUUCUCUUCGUUUUAAUCAAGGUCUGGCUAUAGCUGAACUAGAAUUCCGCAGUCCUAAUCAUGUGUCGAGGGCUGAAAAAUCAUGGAAACAUAUCGCAAGUUCACUUCAAUUAACUAUUGGCUCAAAUGUGGAGAUUCGGAUUAAUCUUUCAGUUACUGAUCCAUCAUUGAAGUUUGCCAAAGCAAGGAAACCGUCGUUUAGUUUGUUUAGUUGUUCGCGCAGGCUGCAUCUGAGGUCAAGUUCAUCUACGAAAAGUGGAAGUGAUUCUGAAGUUUCACAAUACGCCUCGGAAAAACCAAUGAUAAGUGACAGACAUAGACCUGUUUUAACUUAUUACUCUGAUCACGGAUAUGAAAUGCCUCAUAGUUGUUCUCAUGGAUCUGAAGUGGUUCGAGCUUUCAGAAAUAGUGAAGGGAACAUACUAAGCACAGGUGCAACCCCAUCUUGUGGUUCAUUACGAGACGAUACGUCUCGGACUCCUGCAUAUUUAGUUGAUUCAUCAAAAGGGGAAGGAAGGGACUGCAAAUGCCAGAUUCGUUCCGUUGAAGAGCCCGAUUAUCAGCCGAAUUGUUUCCCUAGAUCAUUGAGGCCUCAAAAGAAGGCGCAUUUGUCCAACACUACUAAAAUGGAAGAAAACAAACUCACAUUAUCUAUUCCCGGGGUUUGUUCCAAUGAUCCUUGUUCCUUUUACAGCUCUGAUAACGAGGAUAGGUUGAAGGAGAACUCCGAGGUGCUUUGUUGGAGAACCCCUACUUUUCCAUUAAAGAAGGCAUGGCAGCUGACAUAUAACCAACGUAGUCGGAGGCCACACAUAGUGGAUUGGGUUCUUCCUUGCUCGAUCGCCAAGUAGGUCGGUGCGGCAUGGUUUUGAGGUCUAAAGGAUCAGUACAAGGUUCAAAGUAGUGAUUAAUGGCACAUUUUUGUAAGUAUAUAUAAAUCUUAUAUGAAACUAGAUAUUGAUGUUAACUGUUACAGAUGAAGCAUAGACAUGACAGUCCUAUGUACAUUCCGAAACGUUAAUGUUUGUUGGUUGUUCAACCCUUUCGUAAGGAUUUUUUGGUUCAAUAAUCAUUAACCGAUUGGAUUUUUUGGUUUAA